AACACGGGCUGACGCGGGUAGCAACCGGGUGACUAACAGACGAAUUUAACGAACCCAAAAGUCCAAAGCACCUCACAUUCACAAGGAGUAAUGGCCACCUUCAACAUAAGCUAUCAUCACAGUAUAAUCCAUUACAACGUUAAUAAUUCUCGUCAUCUCUGUCCGAUAUUACAGUCCCUCUCCUUCAAGAAACCACUGAUUUUCCCCAGGAAGAAGCUCCACAAUAGAGUAGUAUCAGCAAUGGCUUCUGGAAGUGUGAAAGAAACCCUUCCACCUGCUCUUGAUUCCUCUUCAGACCCACCAGCAAUCUUCGAUGGAACCCCCAAGCUGUAUAUAUCUUACUCUUGCCCAUAUGCUCAACGUGUGUGGAUUACGAGGAAUUGUAAGGGACUGCAAGAAACCAUAAAAUUGGUACCUAUUGAUCUUAAGAACAGGCCCGCCUGGUACAAGGAGAAGGUGUACCCUGAAAAUAAGGUGCCGUCGCUAGAACACAAUAACGAAGUUAAGGGGGAGAGUCUCGACUUGAUCCGGUAUAUAGAUAGUAACUUUGAAGGGCCUUUGCUUUUCCCUGAUGAUCCUGCCAAGAGAGAGUUUGGGGAAGAGUUGCUUGACUAUACGGGAUCCUUCUACAAAGCAGUAACUACUUCUUUCAAGGAAAGCAAAAUGGAUGAAGCUGUUUCUGCUUUCGAUCACAUUGAGACUGCUCUUUCCAAAUUCGACGAAGGGCCCUUUUUUCUUGGCAAGUUCAGUUUGGUGGAUGUCGCCUACAUUCCUUUUGUCGAACGAUUUCAGGCCUUCUUAUCCGAAGUGAAGAAUUAUGACAUCACAAGAGGGAGGCCGAGAGGUGCAGUUUGGAUUGAGGAGAUGAACAAAAUUGAAGCAUACAAACAAACUCAACGAGACCCAAAGGAGCAUGUCGAAAGCUACAGAAAGCGUUUCUUGACAUCUUCCCUAUGAAUUCUUUGGGUGCUACCUCAGUUGAAAGCUGAAAUCGUGUUGUCAAAAACUGCGGUGCAGCGCCUUGCUCAUGGAUUACGGAACAUGGGAUAGUAGUUUGAACAUUGCAUGUACUAUGAAUGAAUUGCAGAGAGUGAGUUCCAGUUGAUGCGGUUUUGCUGGUUAUGUUAGCAAAAGACUCAGUAUUGUGUCUGUGUAAUGUACCUACCUACCUGUGAAUGAAUAAUUCAAAAGUAUUAAUCUUGUUUCUUGUGUACA